AUGGAAGAGCGAAGGCUGACGAUCGCCGGAAACUCUAACUCUAAUAAUGGCCAUCUUCCAUCAACGAUGAUAGAGGAGAUUCUCUCAAGGCUGCCAGUGAAGUCCUUAUGCCGCUUCAAGUGUGUCUCAAAGCCAUGGAGUUCCCUAAUCUCCGACGACCCCAGUUUUGUUGCAUUGCACUUGUGCAAAGGCUUUGGGGAGGAUAAAGAUGAUCUACUCUUCCGAAGAAGAAGAAGAGUCAUAUUUACUGAUGCCGCAGGUAAUGGCCUCCACUCUAUGCAUCUUGACUACGAUGAUGAGUUUCUCAAUCAUAACAACGAAGAAGAUGCAUCAUACUAUCACGAUAAUCGCAAUCGUAACAGUUUCGAUUUCGAUGAUGAUGAUGAGGAGGAGGAGGAGGGUGGUGGUAGUAAUUUAUUAGCAACAGCCACGGAGCUCCAGUAUGUUUAUAGCGAGUUAUCAGGUAUUUCGGUUUCCAUGUUGGGUUGCUGCAAUGGCUUGUUGCUAUGCAUGUUUUUAUAUGACCCGCAGUUAUAUUUGGUUAACCCAGCAACAAGGCAAUCCAAGAAACUACCACAAAUACCAACCCAAUAUACAAUUGAUGACCUCUACUUUUGUAACGUGUAUGGGUUUGGAUUUGAUUCUUCCACUCACCAACACAAGGUCGUCAAUGGUGUGGUCUACAGAAGAAAUGUCCGUGAUGAUGAUGAAGGAGGGGUUGAGUUUAAUGAGGAGGUUCGAGAAAUUCCACUGCCGCGCGAAAUCAACUCUUCUCAAACUCGUCGUACUAAGCUCGGGGUCUUCAGGGAAUGGUUAUGUGUAACGCUUGAGGGUGAUUAUGGUAAAGCAACACCAACAUACAAUGAGUUUUGGGUUAUGAAGGAAUAUGGAGUGGGCGAGUCUUGGACUAAAAUGAGGGUCUCCAUCCCAUAUUGGAACUUGUCACAUUCUGGUUUCUGGACAAAGUCUCAUGAUUUGAUGGUGUUUGAAGAAAAGUUGGUUAUGUACAAUUUUAACGAUCACAGCUUUCAGAAUCUAUGCGUUCGUGAAAUCGGCAAAGUUGGUAGUGUUGAAACAUACUUGGAGAGCCUUGUUUCACUUAAAUAG